AUGUCUGGUCUCGAAGGACGACGACCUCAACCACGGAGAUAUGAGGAGCUAUGCGCUCACAAGGAUGCCAGCGAUGCCGUGAAAAGCAUAGUAAAUGUGAGUGGUCAUCCACUAUGCCUGGGCUGGAUCCUAAACAGAACUCCAGGCAUCGUUGGGCGUGGCAUGCGCAGAUGUGAAGGCUGUGAGACUGCAGAUGAGCUUUGCCUGCCACCUCCCCGGAAACGAAUUCGGUUGAAAGCUGUCCAUUCCGUGAUUGAACAAUCCCGCUCUUCCGGACAGAGUGGCCGGGAGAUAUCUUUUGUCUAUGGUGGUGAUCAUGUCUGGGUAGACUUUCACACGCCUGUCCAAUUCAUCCAUGGUAACGACAAUGACGAAGAUUUAAGUGACGCACAGUCUUCCGUUGUCAUUGACGAAGAUGAGGGAGCUUUUGCGAAUCCCGUGAAUGUGCGUCUGGAGAACGCGGAUGUGGUUGGAGAAACUAGUGUUGUUGCGGCCGUGGGAUCCUAUGCAGAAAAGGGAUCGUUGUCGUUUGGGAGAGGCAGCCCUUCGGGAGCGUCCCAUUUCGCUUCGUCUCCGACGUAUCUGGUCUCCCCAGUACAGCAGCAUCGCACCCCAUCAAGCCAAGUGCAAAUCCUUUCGCCCUCUACAAGCGCCGUUCUUUACGAGUCCAAGCCUCUUUGGCCGUUGAACAAUAUAGCAGAGGCUGAACUCCUUCGGCAUUUCAUCGACAACAUCGGGCCUCAACUGGAUGUCACUGACCACGUUUCCCAUUUCACGACGACUGUACCCCAGAGAGCAGCCCAUUGCCCCUUGCUAUUUUAUGCUAUCAUUGCUGCUGCUUCCAUCCAUCGCAGUCGGGUUCAAGGUGUCCCAGACCAAUUCUAUGAAGAAUACCAGGCAAAGUGCAUACGAAUCUUGAUUCGAUUCUUGGACGACCCUGAAUAUGCUCCCGAUGAGAACUUCUUGGCAGCUAUUGUGGUCUUGCGCAAGGGAGAAGAGAUGUCAGAUGAAGACCGCAUGUGCCAUCUGCUUGGCUCCUCUCGCGUCAUUAAUUCGGUCGGAGAGGUUGCUGCAAAUGGCGGAUUGGGAGAAUCAGCAGCAUGGCUGGUGCUCCGACAGAGUAUAUACGUUUCGUUGACAAGCAGCACCCCUUUGAACGUUAAUCUUGGCUGCUAUAAAACGUCGUCGGUCUUCCUCGGUCUCACCGACCACGCCUGGGCUAACAAAAUCGUCUUCGUUUUCGCGGAGACUCUGGUUUACUCCGCCAAAAGCAAUGGACACGGGGCUGCCGACGUCGAGGAUUGGCAUGCCUUGCAACACGCCGCGACCCAGUGGUUUAACGACAGGCCUGACACGUUUCUGCCCGUCUUCGAGACUUCAAUCGAAGAAGGCGCACGGCCCGAGCAUACAACAGCUGAGUCCCGAAGUCCUUUUCCAACGAUCUCGAUGCUCCAAGCCCCACAUGUCAUCGGACUGAUGUACUACCACCUGACUCUCAUUCUGCUUGCCCUGAGCGACCCAUUCAACACGGCUCGGUGUAGGGGUCUUGAGAGCAUACGACUGUGGCGAGAAACGGAACAAAAGGUCCGGAUUGACCUCAAACGCUGCAUUGGUUUGGCCCUCAGCAACCCCCAUGUUGUAGCCGCCAAUUUUGAGGCUUCGCACAUCCUCUACGCAUGUGGACACUGUCUCAAGUCUCCUGGAGAACGAGAAGCGGCCGUAGACUUCCUCCGCGGCGUCAGAGCAAAGUUGGGUUGGGGUAUUGAUCAUAUAAUUGACCACUUGGAGAGACAUUGGGCCGGAAUGCAGUGA